AUGGGUAUCACGAUGUCCGACGGAGAACGUGAGAAGUGCCCAUUUUGUUCCCUCCUUCUGGCCGGACCAGCAACUCUUCUUGCCCCUCUCCACUUGCUCCUCCUCCUCCUCCUCCCUCUUCUUCAUCUUCUUCUUGUUCACCUCCUUCUUCUUCUGGACUUAUUCGGCAUGAGGCGUAGCAGCAGGAUCACCGUCAUCCGCUUUGCAAAAGCAAUUAUUAUCCGCCUCGUUAGCGCUAGUGAUGCCCACUUAUGCUACCGAGACUGA